UUCACCCCCCCUCCUCCUUCCCUUCCUCCCUCCUUUCCUCUCUCUCCCUCUCUUCAGAUUGAGAAUCUGCAGGAGCAGCUGAGAGACAAGGAGAAACAGAUGAGUAGUCUGAAGGACAGAGUCAGGUCUCUCCAGACAGACACCUCCAACACUGACACAGCUCUCACCACCCUGGAGGAAGCACUGGCUGAGAAGGAGCGUAUCAUUGAGCGUCUGAAGGAGCAGAGAGACAGAGACGACAGAGAGAAGACAGAAGACAUCGAGUCCAACAAGAAAGAACUGAAGGAACUCAGAGAGAAACUCAGUCUACUGCAGGGAGACCUGUCUGACCGAGAGGUGAGCUACAAUGACCAGACAGACACCACACUCAGUCUACUGCAGGGAGACCUGUCUGACCGAGAGGUGAGCUACAAUGACCAGACAGACACCACACUCAGUCUACUGCAGGGAGACCUGUCUGACCGAGAGGUGAGCUACAAUGACCAGACAGACACCACACUCAGUCUACUGCAGGGAGACCUGUCUGACCACACUCAGUCUACUGGUGAGCUACAAUGA